UUCAGAACAAUUUUUUUUCUGUGAACAUGAUUUCUAAUUCAUCAUCGAAAAUUGAUAAGGUCGCAACCGAAAAGCCAAAGUGCGAUAAAGCCGAAACAACGUCGUCAAAGAGCAAAGAACGUCCAUACAAACUGCGACACGUUCGGAGCUUCUCCCGCGAUUACCAGCAGAUGAGUCACAUUCCGCUGUAUUGCUAUUUAGGCCGGUUACAGUGCAAAGAUGACGACCGUUUCGCCAAACACAUGACGAAACACGGGCGCAUAUUUGGUUUCAUUCGUCAGGUUGAUGACUACAUUCUGGAGGAAACGAGUUUCGCCGUGCGUUUGGACUACCGUCCCGAUUACGCCAGAACGUUGGUGUACGUGCGGAACGUGUCACCCCAUUCGGUGUUGCGACUCAGCAGGGCCUUCAUCCACCUGGCAGACGGUCACAUGAAGAUGCUGAUUGAAAGCGAGAUGCGCCUUCCUUGGGGUACGGUUUCAAAGUUUUGCUUCGACAGUUGCCUGCUGUCGGAGCUGGAUAGAAGCUACGGAUUGGUUGGACUGGCGGACUCAAAGACAGAAAUAUUGGAACUUUACCACCUGCAAGUGACUGUGUUGAGUCAUUUCGUGAAAGAGCAGCUAAUUUUGAAGAAACCAACGAUUCAUUGUCCGCCGUUGAAUCAGUAUCCGGUACCGAUGGAAAAGAAGAUCAUAUACGAGAGUUUUCAAUGGUUCAACAAAUAUGUCGCAACAAAUCACGAGCAGCUGUCUGCUGUGCGAAAUAUCGUGAAUCGGACUUCGUUCCCUGUUCCGUACAUAUUAUUUGGACCACCCGGUACUGGAAAAACUUCAACUAUCGUAGAGGCAGUUUUACAAAUUUGGAAACUACAACCCAAAGCCAACGUUCUCGUAUCGGCAGCUUCAAAUUUCGCCUGUGAUGAAUUCACCACGCGCCUGCUGGAAUUCAUUCCCGUCACCGAUGUGUUCCGUUUCGUAUCCUUCGUAUCGAUUUUGCUGAUAACGGAACAACACCAUCGUUCUCAAAGAGCAGUGGAGGUUUUGAGGAAGGUGGUGAGUAUCGUCGCGGCCCCGACUACGAAUAUCCGGAAGGCGGUGCAUCAUACGAGGAAAAUUCAUCGUACGGCUAUGGUGGAAGACCGUUCCGCGGCCGUGGAGGAUUCCGCGGACGUGGUGGUUUCCGUGGCGGUUUUCAUCGUGAUGGCCCACCGCACCACGGGGACAAUGAUAAAUGGCGUCGAUCAGGAGUCGAUGGCAAAUAUGAUUCACGCCGUCGUUCGUGAACCAGGAAUCGAUAGGAAUGGCAUGUUAUCGAAUGCAAGAACGUUACCAGAAGUGGCACGGAAAUCUACUACAGUCUGGCAAGGGGCGCUGAAUUUGAACACUAUUCCCCGUCAAGUUGCACCUAACGGACAGAGACCACGAAAUAGUGGACAGCCUGAUGAAGGACGAGGAAGGUAAACACCACCUUCGUAUUACUCAGCGACUACGCCUCGAUCAACCCAAGUUGGAAGAUGUGCAGAAGCGCAUAUCGACGUCAUCGUCGCACGCAAUCUUCCUCGGCCUGCCGGGAUCGACGUCAUCGGUAGUAUCGUCGGAUGAUGCCAGCGUUCAGACGCGUCCACUGCGUAAUCUCGUGUCCUACCUGAAGCAGAAAGAAGCGGCCGGCGUUAUAUCUUUACUCAAUAAAGAAACGGAAGCA